AGAUGUGUGGGGUGUAGGUGUGAUCGAUCGAGGGACGACAAACCAAUUAAUUAACCACGCUAGCCCAGAGUGAUCGAUAGCAGAAUCGUACGUUUGUAAUGACGUCAUCAUUAUCAUCAUCCACAGCCUCUGCUGCUGCUUGUUGCAAGAGUAGAAGUCGUAAUCCUCCUCCGGCGCCGGCGCCACACACUAGUACUGCACGAGUAGUUCGCAGCAGCAGGCGGAGGCUUCUCUUAGUAUUCUUCUCCGCAGAGGCGGCGGCGGCUGCGACGAGCGGUCUCAUCCAGACCCCGUGUGGGCAAGCCUACCCUUUCGCUGGCACCAACGUGAAGAAGCCGCAGCCGCCGUCCACCCCUUACUCCCAAUCCCAAUCGCAGCAGCAGUUUGGCCUCGACGCCAAAGGGAGGAUUAGGGCGUGCCCGUCGACGAACCCCGGAUGCGUGUCCACAAACCCCACGGUGGGCGCAUCUUGCUCCUUGGCCUCCCCGCUCAUCGUCCCCGCUAAUACACCAACGGACAAGGCCGCCGCUGUAAGUUCGCUGCGCGAGGCUAUCCUCAAGACGCAGAGGAAUGCGGUGAUCAAAGCCGACGAGGAGACGGCGUACGGGCACUACAUCCAGGCGGAGGUCGACGGCGGCGCAGGCCGCGACGUGAUGGAGUUCCUCCUCAAGGAAUCCCAGUCCCAGUCCCAGGAGGUGGUGGCCGCGUACCGAUGCGUCGCCACCAAGGUCAUCUUCGUCUACCCCUUCACCACUGCCGUCGGCGAUUCAAGAGGGCAGAGCCAGAGGAUCGCCGCCGUCGCCCAGGAGCUCGGAUGGUACGCCCCGGACCUACUCAACGCCGCCACCGCCGACGACCACUCUAUCCUCGACUAUUAACCAAGGCCAUACAUAUGCUUGCUUCAUUAUCUCUAGUCUGUACAAGUACAACUCGUCCAAAUUCAUUCAUCCAUCCAUCCAUCCACGACACAUAUACAAAUACUAAUCUAUUAUUACUACUAAGUAGUACUAGUAGCCACCGAUAUAUAUACACAACAAAUGUAUUAAUCAAAAUGCUAAUUUAUUUCUACGCCGGCCGGCGUCCUUGCACUUUUGGAUGAUAUUGGGCCUUAAUUUU